AUGGCCAACACGAAUCCAAAUGAAUUCAACCCCUCGGGCCACUUCGAUAAACUCUCGUCCAGUUAUGACGAUCUGAUUGGCCUCAUGACAGGCGACAUUGGACGCUACACUCUACAGGCACUGAUCGAACCACCAAACUCGGAUAUGGUGAUCCAUGACAACGCCUGUGGCACAGGUCUGGUCACGGAAUACCUCCAGCAGGUUUCAUCGACUACGGGAACAUACCCAAAGAUGAUCUACGCGACAGACUUUGUGCCCUCUGUGACCAGAAUCAUGCAGCAGAAAGCCGCGCGACAACAGUGGAGGAACAUUGACAUCUCGGUCAUGGACAGCCAGGAACUCACAUUCCCAGACGCGCUCUUUGACCUGAGCAUCACCAAUUUCGGGAUCUUCUUUCUCCCCGACCCGCAGAGAGGGGCGGAUCAGAUAUACCGCACACUGAAACCCGGAGGCCUCGCGGUGGUCACUGCAUGGAAGGAGAGGAGGAUGAUGGACACGAUUGUCGUGGCGCAAAAGACCAUCAGGCCGGAUCUGAAGACCCUGUACAGUCCCUGGGCGGAGCUCUGGUCCAAGGAAGAAACGCUGCGGAAUGUCCUCGUCAACGCGGGGUUCAAGGCCGAGAAUAUCAAGAUCGUGGAGAAAAGGACGGAUUCGUUGGCCGAACCAUUCCUUCGAGAUCCGGAGAUGGUCGCGAGGUCGUACCCUGCGGCUGUGGAGGGGUGGAGUGAGCAGGACAAGGCCAAGUUGGGACAGGAGAUUUUGAGGCUUGCUCGCGAGAGGGAUCCCGAAGGCGGAGGCGUUGGUGGCAUCUACUCCGUGGCGUAUAUCGCGAUAGCGACAAAGUAG